AUGAAGGACCAUUUAUCAUAUUAUUUGGGAAAAUUAACAUGUGUGUAUAGCGUGGAUGGAAACAUUCAGGAGGAACAGGUGCGGAACAGCAAUCAUACUAUUCACAGAACCAUGAGGAUCCUGGAGGAGUAUAAAAAUAGGCUGUUUUCCUACUACAUCAUAAGGGAUAAUUUGCCCGAGUCCAAUCAUGACAGUUUUAUAAAUGUGGGCAGAAAGCCCUUUAUCUUAUUCGUAAAUGAGCCACUUACUAUGGAGGAGAGUCAAUUAAAUGGAUUUCUACUCGAAUCACGAACACUCAUGAUGGAAGCCCACAGAUAA